AUGGGUUUUAUCGAGCUCUUGAUGGGCUCGAUUCCUGAAAUCCGUCGCGCCGAGACGCCGUUCAUGGACCGGGAUUUUCGAUUUCUCCCUUUUCCUGUUGGUGGAGUUCUCUCGUGUUCUUCGGUUUCAUGGUUCGUUGGGGUUUAUGGAAUGACGGAGUUUUUGGCUUAUGUUGUUCCAGUUCCUGACGUGAUGGACGAGGAGAAGAGGGCGAGGAAGGGGGAUAUCUCGCCCGCGGGGUCCCCGCGGAAAUCUCCGCGCCUGGGGCGGCCAGCUGCGCCGACGGUGGCCGGGUCUGGAGGCGGUGGCGCAGCGCCGCACGAGGGGGCCAAUCCGUACGAGGACCUUAAUGACCCAAAUGGUGCCUUCAUAGCCGGCGAGGAGCCACACCCGCAAGAAUUUCUCGACGCCGCCGAGGAGGAGGAGGCCGUCAUGCCCCUGCAGGCCCUGCUGGGUGAGGUUGCCAUGAAUGCUGAUGGAGGGCCUCAUUGGGAUGAGCUUGAUAAUCGAGCAGAACAUCGGGAAGAAAAGGAGAAGGUGACCGUAUCUGCCGCCAAGACACAGCAGGAAGACCGUCUAUUCUCGUACUUUUGGAAGUGUGAGCUCCAAGGCAAAGGAGAGAUGCCUUGCACCCAGUGCUUCGAAGAGAAGAGGUCUACUCCAAGGUGUUUCAGAAAAGGUUCUAUGAUGAACCAUUACUUUGACUGCCAUCGUCAAUUGAUGCGCGUCAAGACAAGGGUUAGGUGUUCCUGUUGCGGUAACUUCUUUAAGAACCCUCAAGAAUACUACCGCCAUAACAAGCAAAUUCACGAUAACUAAGCUGCCUGCUAUAGAGAAAGUUAAACAUUAGUCUCUAUAUGUAGGAAACUCUAGCCAAAGUACAGUCAGUAAUGCUUCGUAUUGACCACAAGAGGAAAGUAAGUGUGCAUGUCUAUGAGGGCAGUGAAUUUUGAAAAAGGAGAAACUAAAGGAAUCAGCAAUGCAAUUUCGAUAACCUGUUCUCUUUAAGACUCUGCUAUCCUUUGGGCCGACAAAUUUGUGGCUACAACACUGGAACAUAGGCCUAUCCUCUGAAGUCGACUGUUUCAAUCCUCUGUAAUGCAACAUUGGAACUGUAAGUAACAAGUAACCUUCAUCUGUCCUCUCCAGUCUAGGGCAUUAAUAACUAAAGCCUGUGAAAUGCCCUUUUGUG